CACUAAUGCAUCGGAAUACUUGAUCAAAACAUCAUUCUCUGCAGUGAAAAUAGCGAUAGGGACACUACAAACUAGUACAGUGAGCAGCAAAGCUAUCCUCUUCAGCUUAGUCCCACGGAGCAGUAGCGACCCUCUUGCAUCCGAUACAUCCUGCACGUCGUUCCGUGCAACCCUAUGGCCCUCUUGCCUUCAAAGAGAUAUACAGCGCUUGGCGCCACCCCUUUCGCGCCAGUCUGGAGCAGCUCGGAAAGAAGGGCACGCCAUGGCGCUGCUUUCUAUAUUUUUGGACCUAUAACACACUGCGGCCAAAGGCAGCCUUGUGCAUAUAAAAGCGGCCGACACGGGCUGCCGGUCCUUCACUCCCCUCUUUUCAUACAUCCUCCGCAUUUCGCUGAAUUUUUACGCCCUGCAGAGCACACCCUGCACACUUCACAUUCCAUCCCAUCAUUCUUCAUGACCGAAAAGAGCGAUAGGACUCGAGAGAUCGCUGAGGGUGUCAUACAGUGUGAACGGCAGCUCAAUGACUGGAGCGAGUGUGUCCGGAAUGCAUGCUACCACUCGGAGUCUAGCGAUGAAGACACAGCAAACAAGGCAAAGGACAUGAGUGAACCAGGAUCCGAGCGCACCCUGUUGACGAGACUCGACACAGUGCAGUGCAGGAUCGAGCAUGUGGAGGAGGUCAUGGGCAUGUUCAUGGCAGAGAAGCAGGCGAUCCUUGACAGCGUUGACGGGCUGAGGACUAUGCUACUCGAGGAGACGAGCCAUGAACAAGGGCGGCGCGAGCGGCGGAUCAGAGGCAGACCAGGGUCUCGCAGUGCACGAUCCGACGAGCAGGAGCAGACGUGAAUGUGGACGCUGGAAUAUGGCAGGAUGUUUGGCUUCCACACAAGGAUCGCAGCGCCAGUUUACACCAUUCUCAUGCAGGAUAGCAUAGCAAGACAAUAAAAAACAAGGCUGAUCCUGAC